AUGGACUACUACGCUGGAAAGAUCGUUGUUGUGAUAGGUGCUGCUCAUGGAAUCGGGAGCGCCAUAGCCACGGAAUACGCAAAGGCUGGUGCCCGUGUCGUACUGGCAGAUAUUGACGAGGAGACUCAACGCCGUGAAUUGGCUACUGCAGUCCCAUCAGAUGUUGGCAUUCCUGACAUAGGGCACAACAACGCCGUCUUGGUCCGAUCCGGUGGCAUUCUCGACCUAGACGUGGCAAGCCUCCAGCUGCAGAUGAACGUCAACAUCUGCGGCUACAUCCGGGUCGUCAUGGGCUUUGUCCCCGAGAUGAUAAAGCGCGGCAGCGGACAAAUCGUCAACACCGCGUCCCCAAAUGGGACGCUCCCCGCUGCUAUUGUUGCGCAGAACCUUCUUCCUCACUGUCUUUGCAAGGCUGCGGCAAUCUCGAGGAGUCAGAGCAUGCCUGCGAGUCUCACGUCGUAUGGUAUCAGUGUCAGCGUCGUCUUCCCAGAUGUCACGUAUACGGAAACAGUCCAGAGCGUCUCUGGAUCGUCGUCUGAGGCUUUUCAUAAGGGAUUCGGUCCAUUCUUGAACGAGCAAGGUCAGAGCGCUGAGGUCGUUGGGAAAAACACUGUGGACGGAGUUCGAAGCCGAGAGUUCUUUAUCAACACCUGCCCGGGGUUUGAGGAUGCAUUGGUGACGUAUACCAACCGCUCGACUAUUAUUGACUGGGUCUCUGGGAAAGAUAAUGUACGUCCUUACCUUGCUGGUAUAGGGGCGCUCGAAGGCUCCAAUCUUGCACCGCUAUUGUUCAGGGAGGGCGUGAGGGUGCUUAGAAGGAAGCUGACCUGUAUGUUCAACGACGCUGUCUAA